CGCGAGUCGCGGUAGUCCGCGAGAGUGUGGAGUCCUGUUGCCAAAACAGGCGGGCGUGGGUCGCGCGCGUCUCUCCUGCGCCGAACGGUGCACCGCCGGUGGGCUUUGACAUCGCCACCGGCGCACGAGGUGUUGUCGCGGUGCCGUAGGUGGGAAUCCAGUACGUCGGCGUCUACCGCGGCGUGCGGACCUCGAGGAUGUGUCGCGGCGCGUUCCAGCGUGCGCGCAAAAAAACGAGCGACUGAGCCAGGGAACGCGUCGGGGCGAGAAGCCGCGUUUACUCCAGGGAGUCCGCGGGGGUCGUUGCUCGGAGCCGCCGUCCGCCCCCGAUUGAUCCGCUCCUCUUUCUCUUUCUCUCCCUCUCUCUCUCUUUCUCUCUCUCUCUCUCUCUCUCUCUGUCUCUCUCGCGAUGGUGAUUAGUGACGGCCGCGCGACGCCAAAGUGAUCCCUCGCGUGCGUACUCCCGUCGAGCGAUCGGACGACUCGAUCCCCUCCGCGGGGAAGGUGGUGCAAGAGUGAAUCCUCGACGGCGGAAUCCGACGCUCCGUCCCGACACGCGAGACUAUCGGUCCACGAGGGCGCGUCUCGGAGGGAAGAAAAACAGAUAGCGCGUAAACUUGUCUAUCCGGUCGACACGCUCGCGGUGCGCGCGCCUGAUGACGGUACGGCCGGAACGGGAAGGCACGAGCUACGGCAGGAAUAACGCCUCGCCCCCGUUCCCCGUCUCCACGUCUCCGCGUUAUUAACUCGAACUGGAACCGGUCGGGUAGUCUUCCUGGGAGGGUACGAGUCGCGCGAUGUUUUGCUUCCAAAGCCCGUUCGCGCGGUCGUCGCGCGGCGUCGUGUCCGCCGCGUCGCUGUCGACGGGCAAGAGCAAGUCCUCGCUGAGCGGCGCGAUCCUGUCGCCCACCGGCAGGACGUCCGGCGCGAGCGAGCGCAACCGACGCGGCUCCGAGGCGACCAGCGAGGGCUCCAACUCCUCCAUCAGGUACAUCGACCAGGAGGCCUCGAUGUCCGGCAGCAGCAGCACGGACACUCUGCCGGGUAUCCGCGCCGAUUACCUCGAUCCCGAGCCCCUGUCGCCCGCGGCGGACGCCCUGACCUCGCCGAGCGGCAUCACGGUCGUUUUGAACGGCACCGACGAGCGACGGGACGAGAGUCAAAGGGCCUUGCCGUCGCCGAGCAAGAAGUCGAGCAACAACGGCAGCAGUUGGCGCCGCAAGCUCAUGCUGCGUCUUCGCUCCAGCGAUUCCCCGAGCCUGACGAACGGCGAGACGCGCUCCUCCUCGACGUCUCCCUCGCCCGCGAGCGAGUCGACCGCGGGCUCCUCGUCCUCGUCGAGGAACCCUCGCGCGGACGAGGACCGGCGAGGCGGCAACGCCACGGCGACGACCGUCUCGACGCCGUCGGUGCAAAUCGAUGUGUCUGGAAGCCCGACGAGGGUGACCGCCGCCGCCGCCGCCUCCGUUGGCGACAUACCGUCUCUCGAGAACGGCUUCAGCGAGCCCGAGGAGGAAAACGACGACGAGGAGGACGAGGAGGAGGAGGAGGAGGGGGAGGAAGAGGAGGAAGAGGAGGAGGAGGAGGCUUGUCCGGAGACCGAGACGGAGGAGGGCUCGUCCUUGCCGUCCAGCCCCGCGGCCGCGUCCACCGUCGGCCUGACUUCCUCCACGGCGCCCUAUUACGACUUCCUGUCGGUCAACGGUGGCGCGAUGCGGCAGGAGACCACCAGCACCAGCUCGCCGCAGCUGUCGUCCGGCGCGAGUUUGCGUUCCAGCGUGGAGUCGCCGCCCGCCGACACCUGCAGCUCCUACGGCGAGGACAGCAGCCCGGGCAUGGACUCGCUCAAGCCCGAGGGUCUCGACGCGACCACCGGGUGUCUGCCGGCCGCGAGAUCCUGCCCGAAUCUGGAGCGGCAGAGCGCCGGUUGCUCGUCGACCAGCGGCUCGUCGAGCCCGAGCCCGAGCCCCGGUCCGGCCGGGCCCCGCUUUAAACCCCUCCAGGAGGGUGACAUACAAGUGUGCUAUCUCAAUCACACCCGGACCCUCGUCAAAAAGAUCCUGUCCAGCAAGUUCCUCAGACGCUGGGAGACGCAUCAUCUCUAUCUCAACGACACCUGUAUGACCUCCAAGUCGCGUACGGGUUUUCUGCAGCAUCCUGUUGCGUACUGCAGCAUGUCCGAGGUCCGGAAGUACGUUGUCGCCAGGUGGGAUCCCGCGUACAAGAACUGCCUCAGCAUCGUCCUGCCGGGUGGUUCGCUUCUUCUGCAAGCGAGUAACGCUUACACGAGGGACCAGUGGUAUCACUCGAUAUUAUGGAAGAAAAGCAUCGUCAAGUACCAAUGGUUCGUGUCGACGAGCACACGGGAGGAGGUGAUAUUGCGCGAACUGCGCACCAUGGUGGACUUUGCCCUGUGGACGCCGCUCCAGGACGAGAGGGUGGCCGGUACGCCGCUGGAGGCGGUCGCCAAAUUGCUGGACGAGUCCAGCGCGGAGCUAGACUCGGACGGGAAAACCGAGGAGGAAGCCGUUCGCGAUCGCAGGAGCUGGGCGGAGGCCGUGCUCGGCGUGGUGGCACCUCUUCUGGAAAAAGCGGCGCCACCGACGGCGCUCGCGAGAGUACUCGCCAGACUGGCGCAACAGCAUCCGCGCUCGCAGCUGGUCCCGAUGCUCAGCCCGGCGAUCACGCGAUGCCUCAAGCACACCGUUGACUUUGGCAAGUCGCCGGACAUGAGAAAGCUGUUGCAGGUGUUCAUCGCCGCUUUGUAUGAGAACAACGACGGCGAGCAGGCGAUCAGGGAUUACAUCUCGUCGGUUCACGGGCCGGGUAGCGAUUGUCCGCAUCCCCGGGUACUCCCCAAUCUCGUGUCCAUCUGCGUCGCGGCCAUAUUCCACAGGUUCGAGGUGUCGAGUCGCGUAUCAUCGAACGAGGACAAACCGUCGUCGUUGCCGCCGUUGCAGUGUUACCUGCUCGUCUUGAAUAUCGCAUCGGAGUACACAGAUUGGCGUCCGGGCCUCGGGGCACUGCUGCAGCCCGUCCCGUUCCCUGAAGAGGCUUUGGCUGUGAAGGAGGUGCAGGAGUCCGUGCUGAUGGGCGUGAUGCAACGACUGGCGAAAGACCCGAGGUGCACGGUGCAUCGCGUCCUCCUGCCCGUCAGAGAACCGCGUCCAGGCUGGAUCCACAUCGCCGCGCCGUCCAGCCCGGCUUGUCCAGAUCGUGGAGAACUGUUCGGCGAGAUGCUCACGACCCUGCUGGCGUGCUGCUGUCGGCGGAAGAGGUUCAUCGCGUCCCUGCUGAAGCAGGCGGGCGACGAUUGCAUCCUGCUGGCGGUGCGGGGCUGCGACGCCGCGCAGGAGGCGCUCUGCCUGAUGCUCGAGUGGCGUUUACUGCCGAACGAGGAGGCGAGACUUCAGAUAGUCAACGCGCUCGAGUCCACGGAGUCCGGGAAGGAGCACUACGCCGCUCUCUGCCAGAGGCAGAAGAACCUGCAGGAGCUGCAACAAAAGGGUGGACCCCGGAAACUGACGCUACCGGUACGGGCGACCGACGCCGACGUCGCCCUUUUGCUGGGCGGUCGUGCCCUCGGUAAUCUCGAAUGCCUCAGCCUCGCCUUCACUUCCGUCACGUCCGCGUGUGCGGAACAGCUGAUAAAGCUACCGGCGCUGAGAUACCUGAAUCUGUGGGCUACGCAAUUUGGCGACACCGGCCUACAGAUGAUCAGCGAGCACCUACAGAAGCUGCAAGUGCUAAACCUCUGCGAGACGCCCGUGUCCGACAAAGGCAUCUCCACGUUGGCCUCAUUAACCAGCCUAAGGAAAUUGAAUCUGAAUAGCACGAAGCUGUCGGCUCAGACAUUCGAGUCGCUGAAGAAGCGACUGCCGGCCCUGCAGGAAUUCGACGUUCGAUACACGGAGGCCUGGUGACCCGAGGUCACGUCCAGCACCUCGCCCAACGGCAUUCUUCGUGACGCGAUAACGAAGAAGCAACGCUGAGGUGUUUGGUCGUUCGGAGGGAAAUUCAAGAGACUUGACGGAGUGACGUUCGUAUUCUUGAUGUCCAACCAAUCCGAUCGAAUUAUCGAGCAUUGGGCGCGAUGCGUUCGUUCGUUUUCUUUCGAUCCGGCUAAGCGUACAGACUACGGCAAACGGAAUGUUCCGACGCUCGCGACUCACUUUUGAGCCUUCUCGUUUGCACCGAACAUUCGCCUUCGAAAGCGCUCGCGCAUAUUUUGUGCUCGCUGCUAAAUCUAACCGAAUGUUACGCGAAUAGAAAUGGCAGUUCGGCUGUUCGUUCGCUUAGUCUGUGCGCACCCUAAUACGCGAUCAGCAUAACGACCGCGGAAAAUUAUGUCAGUGAGACUUUCCCAGCGAGGGAGGGAAACAAAGUCUUCUGCUAAGUACCGUGCGGGAUAAGCGAAGAGCCUUUUAUCGUAUUUUUACGUAUCUCCGACGUAUCUCGCUUCUUCCGGUUUAAUCGCGCGACGGCUUGUUCUUUCCAGAGGGCGAUAAAUAUGCGCGAUAGGAUUGACGGUAUCACGUAUUUAGUAGACAACGCAGAUAUCAAUAUAUUCGUGUUGUUCACUAAAUGUAUCUUCCAUUUUAAACUGAUAUUAUUUACGCGAGACGUUAGAUUCUUACGAGAACUCGUGCCAGGCGGCUCGACUCCCACGACGCGUGUUAAUUUAGAAACGUCCCUUCCGCGUCGUCGUCGAGUGGAGAGCGCACUUUUCAGGAACAUUCCAGCGUCGCGAACUCGGACGUCAGUUUUCAGGAAAGACGCGCAUUCGUUUGAAUAAAUAAAUUAUAUUGGCGACGAGCCGCCUCUGUCGGGCAUUUGCAUAGAAUUCGUUUGCGAGAUACCGCGUCGCGGCACGUGCAACGAUUGCGUCGAAGAGCGAUCGCCAGAGCCAAGGAACGCUAGACGUCCCAUAAGUUGGCGGGACAAAGAAAAAAUCUGUUCCUUUGUAAGUUUGAAAAAAAGGUGCAACAUAAUUUUUUUUAAACUUACGGAGCAACAAAUAAAAAUAUUACUUAGAAUUGAUUCCGCUCAUUUUGUUCCGCCAACUUGUAAGACGUAACGCUAGUCGUUUGCGACAAGUUGCCCACCUGGGGGCUGGCGAGGGGAACAUUUGCAUAGAACAUUUGUGGCAAUAACGCGCUUGCCUCGACGGUUCUGAUCGAAAACGACCGUUGAUCGCGUUUGACGAUCGUUUACAUUUUUACGCAACUCCGAAGGCUGGUUCCGAGCGUCAAAGUUUAACAAUAGCUUCAGUUCCUUCCUCCAUCUAUUUCGAGUUUCCGGGAAAAGGCGAGUUGUUUCCGCUCGUUUCUACGCCGUUAGAAGCGCGAUACAUCUUCCUCCUCUCCCUUGCAUCUUUUUUUUAUACACGCGCGCGUUCACUUUUGAAAGAUGCUAUUACUUUUUCGACGGAGAUUACAAGUAUCGACGUCCGAUUUUUGUUCGUUAAGCACGCGAGCGUUUAGUUUAUCAUUCGCGCCGACGAGGUUGACAGUUGUUUCGAUCUGUCGCAUCGCGGGAAGACUCUCUGCUAACGGGAGGCUCCCUGCCAACAGGAGUAAAAGGAAAUCAAAUAGUUAUUUUCGACGGAUAAUUUCGCGCAACGAGAGUCUUUCUCUGCCUCUAAAUCUCGCGAUAUGCGGACAAGAGAGAUCGUCGGACGCUUGGACCGAAUCAUCGUCCAACGUUGAUUACAAGAGUCCUGGCCGAUGGGAUAAUCGGCGAGACCAGCGUGACGACGGUAACGAUCGUGACGAUCCUCCGGCGAUCGCCGAAACAAAGACUGUUCCCACUCGUGUGUCACUGCGUUGCUGGACCGCAGCCGCCAAUCGAUCCCUCUGCGCGAAGUGUCCUUGCCGUCGGGGGACACUACCGACGCUCACCCCUUUCCGUUCGAGGCGUGCCCAACUGCCUUAAUCAGCGAGUUCUGAGCGACCACUGCCACUGCCGCAUCGCGUUGACGAGCGCGAUCUUUAACUCUAGCGAAAAUGAAGGAGCGAAGCUUUGAAAAACGGUCCCGUGGUUCUGUCGGGAGUCCGUCGGGAGGCCCCCGGCGUUUCGCGUUCAGACGGAGCUUCGAACGAGCCGCGAACGACGCGGCUCGCGCACACGUGCAUUUCGUUCUCUAGUGUAAAUAGAUAGAUAGGUAGGUUAUUAAGGAUCGUCUCCCUCUCCCGUUUCUCCUUCGAUUAAUUAGAUAGAUUUUAAUUAUUUAUUCUCUACCUAGAAUCUUCUCGUAUUUAUAUAUAUAUAUACAUAAUAUAUAUAUAUAUAUAUAUAUAUAUAUAUAUAUAUAUAACGAUAAUAAUAUUACAUGUAUGUCACACGAUCCAACUCGUACUAGCGUGAACACGCGUUUAGGGGGAUAGUCGAUACCUCGAGUUUAGAGCGCCGGUAAGAAAGAGGAGAAAGAAAGGGAGAGAGGGGGAGAGAGAGAGAGAAAGAGAGCGAGAGAGGGUACCUCUCGAAGAGUGGCAGGAUUCGGCCGUCAUUCGGGAAUCGCGGCGAUGACGAUCGACGGUUUCGCAAAAGGAAAUAGUCUCGUCCCGAUUAUUGUAAAUGCCGCAAGGGAACAAGCAUUGUAAGAAGACUGUUUACGUCAAUUUCAAUAAGGAUCAUUAACUUAGGGAGCCACGAAUUAAUUACUCCAGUUAAUUCCUCAUCGUCACGCGCGUCUGCGUGCGAAACAAAUAAAAUUCGAAUUUAAUACCUCACAGCCACUUCCGUUCCGUCACGCCUUCCGUUGUCUCUCACGUCAGCGAGAUCGGGCACUUGGCUUUUCCGCGACUCGCCGUAAGCUAAAAGAGAGGUUUCUCUUUCAGUUUUGCCCUUCAAAAUCGUUUCGUCCUCGCAUGUAAUUCUAGCUGUUGUCGUUUUCGUCGGCGAGAAUCUGUAAAACAUACUCUGUUAAACGUGUUACGAGAAUGAUCGGAUGAUUCAGCGUUAAAUUAUUAAUAGUCGUAUCUUUCUUUGACAUUUUCGUACGAAUAAACUGUUUAAUCGAAGAACAUUGUUGCCUGCGUACUUGGUUUGCCGUUUACUCGGACAACACCGCGCCCUGACAGUCACUCCCAUUAACGUUUACCAAUUAUCUUUCCAGGGAUGAAGUAUGAAGAUCAUUAACGUUCGAUGAACAUACU